AUGAUCUUCCUAGGAAAAGUAAGAAUAUUAUUUCUCUUUAUAUUGUCAUGUUAUGUUGUGAAAUUUUGCAUUGGAGGAGAUGUCAUUACAGCUUCUGAGUACAUCCAAGACCCUGGAAGUAUCAUAUCAAGCGGAGGUCUCUACAGACUGGGAUUCUUUAGCCCCAAUGGUUCUACCAAUCGGUAUGUUGGAAUUUGGCAUAACAAGAUUCCUGCGUUUAAUGUCUUUUGGGUUGCGAACAGGGAGAAGCCUGUUUCAGAUUCUAGUGGUGUCAUGACCAUAUCCGAUGACGGUAAUCUUGUAAUAAUGAAUGGAAAGAAGGAUGUACUUUGGUCAUCAAACGUUUCCAAUUCUGGAGCUAAUGCAGAAGCCCAAUUAUUAGAUUCUGGAAAUCUUAUCUUGCUCAAACAAAGUUCUAACACAAGCAAAAAUGAUACAGAGAUGGUAUGGGAAAGUUUCAAGAACAUGUCUGAUACAUUCAUGGUAAAAAUGAAGCUCAGCACCAACGUGAGAACAAAUGAGAAGCAGGUACUCACAUCUUGGAAAAGCCCUUCUGAUCCAUCAAUUGGAAGUUUCUCAAUUAGUCUUGAACCGCUAAAUAUUCCUGAAGUUUUCCUUUGGAACGGCACCACUCUAUCUUGGCGGAGUGGUCCUUGGAAUGGUAAGGUUUUCAUCGGAGUUCCCCAGAUGGAAUCAGUCUAUCUUGAUGGAUUUAGCUUAGUUGAUGAUAAAGAAGGAGCUGUCUAUCUGACUUACAAUUUUGCAGAGGUGUCUUAUUCGUCAUACUUUUUUGUGAAGUCAAAUGGGGAGUUGUUGCAGCCAUUCUGGGAUGAAAAAUAUAAGCAUUGGCGGAUUGAUUGGUCAAGCCAGGAGUCCGAAUGUGAUGUUUAUGGCAAGUGCGGGCCGUUUGGAUUCUGCAAUGCCGAGAAAUCACCAAUUUGCAGCUGCUUGAGAGGCUUUGAGCCUAAAAGAGUUGAAGAAUGGAGCAGAGGGAAUUGGUCCAGCGGUUGCAUCCAGAGGUCAUUGCUGCAAUGCGACAGGAUAAAAUAUGGUAGUACUAAAGCAGGAAAUAUGGAUGGAUUUGUAAAGCUUGAGAAUGUGAAAGUGCCAAAUUAUGCAAUCUGGUCAUCUCCUUUGGAAGACAAGUGCCAAGAGCAGUGCCUCAGUAAUUGUUCAUGUGCAGCAUAUGCUUAUGAUGCGGGUCUUGGUUGCAUGUACUGGAGGGGAGACCUAAUCGAUGUACGGAAGUUUUCCUAUGGGGGAACAACUCUUUAUGUUCGACUGGCCCAUGCAGAAGGAAAACGAGAUCAGAGAGCAAUUAUAGCGGCUGCAGUUGUUGUGGCAACAGUUAUUUUCAGUGUUGGUGCUUUCUUCGCCUGGAAGAAGUCAAAAAAACAAGGAGGUAAAGACGGAGAACAAUUUCCAGAGGCUUCUAGUGAGAACAUGCUUGGAGAGAGCUUGAGCAAAGUCGAUCUCCAGGAUCUUGUGCCAUAUAAAUUGGAAGAGCUGGCCGCAGCAACAAGCGACUUUAGUGACACGAACAAGCUCGGAGAGAUCCGAUCAAAUGAGAGCAACUGGAUUGGAGAAGACGGUUCAACAUUAUUGAUGGAAUUUGUCGAGGCCAACUUUACCUUCACCGUGACUCCAGACUACGGAUAA